GGCGGAUGCUUUUUAUUCUUCUAAGUGAUGUUGUGGAAUAAAUGGAUUCUACGUUGUUUAAUUAUAUUCAAUACAUUUUACUGGAUUACAGGAUGUAUUGCUUUAAGUGUUGGAAUUUAUGAAAUCACUUAUAGUGAUUAUCAUUUUCUUCGAGGAAAAUAUGCUUUAGGAUUAUUUACUGGAUUUUAUAUGAUAUGUUCAUGUGGGAUAAUUAUUUUAAUAUCUAGUCCAUUUGGUUGGGCUGGGAUCCUGUCAAGAUCAAGAGGUAUAUCAAUAUCAUUUUGUAUUAUUCUGGUACUUAAUGGAAUUUGUCUACUUAGUUGUGGAAUAUGGUCAUCAAAAUAUUCUGAAAAUUUCGUACUAUAAUUCAAAUACUCCUAAUCAUCAUAUUGGUGUCGCGAUGGAGCCUGUGAUGGAAUUGUUGGAUAUACAUUCAGAUUUAGAUGCUUUUGAGGAUUAUUUUGAAAGGUUCGAAAUCUCGGCUAUGACCAAGGAAGAUGAUGAGGAUGUUAAUAUUGUAGCACAUUUCCUCACAUUCAUCGGAAAAGAA